GCAAAGAUGAAAGUGAAACUCGUAAUGACACUUUCAUGGAUGGUGAUAGUACUUGCUUUGGCAACUAACGAAACUGGUGGUAUUGAAAAACUUCGGGUUCCUAGAGUGGUCGUCCGUCCUGGUCCCAGCCUGCACCAGACUGAUCUCUCUCCUCCUCGAGUUUCAACGAGAAUUAUUGGUGGAGUAAACGCUCAAUCCGGCACUGUAGCAGCUCUGAAUAGGCCUGGUCCCGAUAAUGUGGGGGUCCGAACCCCCCCGAUCAUUAGAGCCGGGUCCCAAGUACCUACGCGGCGCUGUCUGAUUUACAAUGAGUUCAAUUUGUGCGUCAGAUACGUAUAGUGCCGCAAAGACCUUAAUUACUUAGCACAACUUGAUUCUAGAUGUUAUAAAGUGUUUAUAUGGAGAAGUUCUCGGCAGACGAUACAACCUAGUGUACAUGGCUACUGUGGUUAUUUGAAAAGAAAAUAUACUUUAAAUAUUAAUAAA